UAUAUAAGAAGCUUUGCAACACCGGCCUUGUGUCUACGGUGCCCUCUGCGCUACAGGACAGUGGUGCGGGGUUCUGGUCUGUACAAUAUCUUAGCUUUGUGGUGCCAAUGAGGCCUGGGCAGUAUACUUCUGAUCGUUCCCAGAGGAGCUCUUAAAGCCUGAAAUCUGUAACCCGCGUUCUUUUGAUAGUCCCGAUUUGUGGAGCAUUGUUGCAAGGCUUACUAGUGUAGGUAAUCACAUCUGAAUGCAAUGGUUCUCUCUAACUCCAAGCUGAAAAGAAAAAAGAGAGAAGAAGCCGCUAUCGCUGCUGCUCUUUCAUUGCAGUCGGGUAGCGAUGCGGUGCGCGCAGAGGAUAACUUGAAAGGUGACAUUGUUGCUGACAAUCCUGAGAAGAAAAAGAAGAAGCAUAAGAGGGCGAAUUCUAAGACUGCGGAUUCUGAUGGUCCUGCAAGUGAUGUUGGCGGGCUUAGUGCUCGGCCAACAUUAGACACUGAAGCUGAAAACGGGUUAGCAGGCAGACUGCAGGGUGCGAAGGAGAAGAGGGAUGGCGACGGCGCAGGAGCUUCACCACGUGAAGUUCAUGAGUUCCCACCUGCGGAGAUAAAUGCUGAGGGUACCGAGCGGAGUGCAGCUGGAGGCGUCGCAUCCGAAUUGUUCGAAGGUCGAACAGGCGAUCUUUACAAGAAAAAGCUCAGGAAAAAGCCUCGUUGGGAAGUCGAUGAGAACGGGAAGAGAAUCAAGCCAGCGAAAGCCCUUAAUGACGAUCCCAGUAACAUGCUUGCAUCAACACCCUCUGUUAAUGGGCUUAGUCAAUCACAGGAACCGAAGACCACAUCCGAGAACAAGAAGGUUUUAUCGGAGGUUGCCACCUCUGAUGCAGGUGACGAAAACAGAAUAUUCGAGGGGAAUGAGCCGUGGUUGGCAAGUAAACGGAAAAAAAAGAAACCCGCAACUGACAAGUGGGGGAAGAAAAUUGACCAACCCUGUGAAGAUACCUCUGCAGUUUCAGAGGAACCAUCUUCAGACGUGAAUAGAUCUGAAGUCAAAGUUGACCCGAAGAAGGUCAUGGUAGGAGGCAUGCCAUACUACAUCACGGAAAAUGAUAUACAUGAAUUCUUUCAGGAGUGUGGAACUAUUGCUGAGUUGGACUGCAUGACAUUUCCUGACACGGGAAAAUUUAAGGGCAUCGCGUUUAUUACGUUCCGGACGGAGGAGGCAGCUAAGAGGGCAAUGGCAUUAGAUGCGGCCGACAUGGGCGGGCGAUUCUUAAAAAUAGAAAUGUGCAAGAUUAAACCAUUAGAGGUAGGAAAUAAACCUCUGUUUAAGGAACCUCCUAAAAAGCAACCUGGUUGCCUGGCUGCAUACAUAGGGAAUUUGUCCUACGACAUCACAGAGAAAGAAGUUAGAAGAUUCUUCAAAGGAUGUAAAAUAGAAUCUGUUAGGUUUGCAGAGAAUAAAGAAACUGGAGAGUUUAGGGGAUUUGGGCAUAUCGACUUUGCCGACGACGAAUCACUAGAAGCUGCAAUGAAACUUGAUCAAGAGCCACUUCUAGGUAGGCCGCUCAAAAUAGCUUACUCAGUUCCUCAGAAAGACAAGAUAAUGGGAGUUCGAGGUGGAUCGAAGCCAGCAGAAACGAAAAAAGGCUGUUUUACAUGUGGAGAGGAAGGACAUAUGUCCUACAACUGUCCUCUGAAAAUUUAGAAACAAUAUCUGCAUUAGUAUUUAACCUAUACAUACUGUUAACCAGGAACUGUUUUUCAAUCGUGUUGACGGUGGUCACUAAGCUCGAAAACCGGGAAGGUUGGUUGUUAAACUAUUCAGUUUGGGACAAAAAUCAGACACGUUGCAAAAGAAGUAGACUAGAACACGGUAUGUGAACUUUUAAAGAACCAAUGAAAAACUAAUUAAUAGGAUUGAAAAUUACAUACAUGAUGUUCUACCGUUUACAAGUUUCAUUGUGCGACGUCUCUUAAACAGUUUGAAAAGAUUGUACAAACAAAUGUAGAUAAUACAGAAAUAUAUUUUAUGCUGUAAGACCUUAUUGAUAGGUUUUAAA